AUUUAGUAUGAGUGUUCCUCAAGAAAAUCCAGCUGAGUUUGUAUAAAGUGGUAUGAAUAAUUUUCAGACAGUUUCUUGAAAAUCAGAGCCCAGAAUGAGUGGCCAAAGUGUUAUGGACCGCAUGCAAGCGGCUCGACAUUCCGUUUUGGGAUCGCAGAUUGGCAAAAAAGUAUGCAAAGCCACGACAGAAGAAAUUCUUGCCCCUAAAAGGAAACACUUGGAAGAUUUGUUGCAGUAUACCCACGAUCCAAAUGUUAACGUUACCGACAUAAUUGAUCUUUUGCUGUCACGAACUCACAAUCAAAACUGGGUAGUCGUGUACAAAUCGCUCGUUACUUUGCAUCAUUUGAUGUGCUAUGGCCACGAAAAAGUGAUCCAGAACAUGGCCAGUAGAACUAUGGAAUUAAAUUUGGCGAACUAUUACGAUCGCAAGGACAUGCAAGGGGCUCAAAUGUCGCCAUUCAUUCAGAGGUACUCUAAAUAUUUGAGUGCUAAAGCGGGAUCAUACAGGGCAAUGGCCUUUGACUUCUGCAAUGCUAAGAGAGGUAAAGAAGAGGGAAAGCUGCGUAAUAUGGAAGCACAUGAAUUGCUCAUGGCUCUGCCAACACUUUCUGAUCACUUGGACGCUCUAUUAGAAUUCCAGCGAGCAAGAAAGGAAGCUCAGGACUUAUGUUGGGCAAGACCCUCUGACUUGACAAAUGGGAUUGUAGUGGCCAGUUUUAUGCUCCUCUUCAAGGACUCUAUCCGACUGUUUGCAAGUUACAAUGAGGGCAUCAUCAACCUUCUCGAGAAGUUUUUUGACAUGUCGAGUAAGAAGCAAUGCGAACAGGCUCUCAACUCGUACAAGAAGUUCUUGCAGCAAAUGGAAAAUGUGGGAAAGUUUCUGAAAGUUGCAGAGAAGCUCCUACCGACAAAAAGUGAAUACGGAAUCGACAAAGGUGACAUUCCUGAUCUGACAUCGGCGCCGAGUAGUUUGCUGGAUGCUCUGGAAAGCCACUACCAGGGCCUGGAAACUGAUAAGAAAGGUGGAGGUGGUGGAAAAACGAAGGAGAGAUCGAAGCCGAUUGGUGUUCCGAAGCAGCUGAGUGUGAAUGCGGACGCCUUCCGGGAAGUGAGUCAGAAGACAACUAGCAACAAUCCGUUCUUCUUUGAAGAAGCGAACGAGGAGUUCGGAGGCGGGGCCAAGACUUCGAUCAGUGAAGCGGACAGGCAGAAAGCACUGGAGGAAGAGAAGACAGAACUGAGCAAAUACAACAACCAAACCCAGAGUAGUUUCAAUCCCUUCUCAACCGAUGCGUCAUCUCAGUCGGUUGCAGCAGCUAAAGCGCCAACUCCCACCGUCAACGACCCAUUCGAAGACCUUCUGGGACUAUCUUCGGGUGGCACUACGACGUCCGCCCAAUCGACUCCAUCCGCGGCCAAUGACCCCUUCGGCUCAUCGACACCUGCGAGUGGCAACACAUUUGACCCCUUUGCAAGCUUCAAUGCUACUUCUGCUACAGCGGCCCCACAGCCCAGUGCAAGUUCCAAUCCAUUCCUACAAAAUGAAGCUAGUACAGGUAGACCUUACCUCGCUUAUCCCGCCUCUCCUGCUCCUAAAUUCAGUGCCAAUGCCUAUGCAAACAAUCACGUGAACACAGUUCGCUUCCACGUGAACCACAUGCCACAGCCUCAACCGAGGCUAGUCGGCCCCUCCCUUGCAAGUCCAUAUGUUUACUCAAGCACCUCUGCAGCAGUUGUGCCCCCCUCUGGAGGCAGUAUGUUCGGAGGCACUGUCAGUGGCAGUAUGUGGCAGACUAAUGAAGGAACUUCAGACAUGCCUGCAGCUGACAAUGUCAAAGCGUCUUCCAUUACUAACAAUUUCGGCCCCAAUUACUCGAUCGACAUCGAGAAUGAGUUGGGAACUUUGGACUUCGGCAGUGCGAAUAUUAGCAUGGAAGCGAAACAUGAUACAACAUCGGUCGCCGUGAACAGUGACAGUGCACAGGAUGAGAAAGGUACAUCCUAUCAACCUGCCUAUGCUCCUCCUGCUCAACAAACAGUCAACUUCGAAGCUGCUUUUGGAACUAACUCAACUUCAUACGGUACGAAAAAAUGGAGUUCGAAUGUGUUUGGAGACAUGCUACAGCCGACGCCCAUAGGAGGACAGCAAUCACACCCACAACAGCAGAAUAUGUUAGGAGGUAGAGCUAGUCCAAUGGGCAUGGGUGGAUCACCCGCCCUCUCACCCAUGGGAACUCAAAAGGCAAUGGGGACAGCCCAGAGUAAACACACUGAUCCCGGACUAGGCAAGGAUCUGGACUCGGCUUUGGCCAAUUUAGCUACUAGCCUCAACACAAAGUCUCCUAGCCAUCGACCUUCACAGCCCCAGCAGACAGCUUGGUGAUGGUGCCAGAGUGACUCACCACCAAAAUGAUCCUAACAGUAUGAAGAGAAUGGCAUGAAGUAUUCCUGUAUGACACCACCCAGUAACUUGCUACUGAACAAUCUAUCAAACGCAAUACCCAGUUAUCUCUCAGUAGACUUCUUAGAAAUCAGAUGGACCAGUGGCGUUGUAACUCCUAUGCUGGCCAGGUCAAGAGUUAAUUGCGAUCUUUUCGGUUAAUACCCAGCCAUUACAACUUUUUUGUGGCUUUUUGUACUCUAUGGUACUUUUUUCAGUACUUUAAUUGUGGUGAAUGUUUUUAUACGUGUCUCGAGCAUAAUUAGCUCAGAUUUUGGAGAUACAAAUUAGUUAAAGAUAAGAGCAAAGGGUUUUUCACUGAAAAGAUUUGUUUUGUGAAUAUUGAAACUGCAAGAAUUUACCGUGUACCCAUUAUUGCAAUUCAUUAGUGUAUCCAGUUUAUAGCUGUCGUGCACAUGCGUCUGCGUAUACAUAAAUAGUGCUAAACUGUUCAAAAUUGAAAAAUUUAUAUUUAAAUCUGUCAAAUGUGAAAGGCUUACUUGUUUCUGGGUUUUCAAACAGUAUCAGGGUAUUUUUUCCGAUAACCUGAAUCAUCAGAAAUUAUAGUUUGUCCAAUCUCCUAAUAUUUGCUUGCCUUAUUUUCCAACUAGCGUGAUUUUUGGCCUAAGGGAGGGUUUUUAUGUUCUGUAAUUUUGAUUGAAAGCACACAAGGGGAACAUGUAUGCUAAUCACGCAGUAGAUACAGCGUAGUUUGAUUUGGAUUGAGAUGUAUUUAAGUUGCAUUGAUCGAAUUUGUAAAUGAAAUAGAAAUAAUAAUAUUAUGUUAGUGAAUUUUAGUGUCGCUUAGCAUCUAUUCGACCGCAUAUGUCGCAAUCAAUCUAUAAUUAAAUUUUUAGAUAAACUCA